AUGACGAUGAGCUUCUCACAAGUAGAAGUUAUAGUCCGCCAAAUGCAAGCUUUAUGCGACAAAGUUCAGCAAUCCAGGAAUCUACGCUGCUCGAAAGCCGAAAGAUUGGCUUUUCCAAGAUUAGUGGCUCAACUGGUAGAUACAGCCAACACCUUAUCACAUCAUCUUCUGGACCACAUCACCAUCAAGGCGCCAAAUGAAGCUGCCAAAGGAAUUGUUGAUAAAUUCAGAUUAUCUUCUUGCAAAUUCGAUGCAUUCAACAAAAGCCUUCUCAAGAGGAAUCUGAAUUUAGUCUUCCUUGGUCCUCAAAUCUCUGCUCUUGAUUCUAAUCAAGUUAGGGCAAGAAAGAAAACGACGCAACACAGGUGCAAUGUAGUUGGUGCUUUAAAGCCUAGUCAUAUUGUCCUGUGGUCGGUAAGCCUUCCGCCAUCAGCGUGGGCUGCUGGCGACAUGUCACAAGAGACUUUUGGUUACUUGAUCCAGGAAUUGGGGAAAUUGCCAUUGACGGAGUGGCCAAAGGAAGUCACCGACUCGCUCUAUACCUUGUCAUCCGAAGAGCCAUUGAGCAAUAACGACAAAUUUGGUGCUUUUGCAGAAGCCUUUACGUCUGAUUUAUCUUCAACCGCUGGUUAUCGUGCUAAUGAGAGUUCUGGUCCAAGUCCAUCUAUAACGGAGACGGGGAAGAAGCGGAGGCUGAAUGACAUCAAUUCAGCAGGGCCAAAGCCUUCCCUUGCAUCACAUGUCGCCAGCGUAGACAUUCCCCCAAACGAGAAGAAUACUAGUCUUGCUCACUAUGCCGACGCCAGCAGCGUCAAAAUGGCGAGAAUGGCCAAAUUAGAGAGAUUGGAAUAUGUUCUCGGAGACUACCUUUAUAGUGGCAUGAUGGCAAGCCGCCUUCGAAAAGGAGAGGUGGAUAGACGAAUCAUGACUCUGACGGACGCCGUUCGUUUACAUCUGGCAUAUCAAAGCGGCGAGGAUUUCAAGUUAGAGGUAUGGCUAUGUGCUACGGUUGGGAAAGCCGUAGUCGAGGCGAAGGCCGAUUCAGUUGAACGUGUGAGAAGCGUCCUGGGUGACUAUCUCUUUGCCGCAACGUCAAGUAGUAAUUGGUGGAGGCAAAGGGAAACAGAGGGGACUCAUCUUAGCGCUCUCUAUGUCUCAUUCCCUCACAGCGAUAUUGGUGACUGUUUUACCGACUAG